AUGGAAUCGAACAGUAAUGAUUUAAAAUCAGCAGCAGCAUCUUUAGAGACAAGAUCAAAGAUUUCAACGCCGUAUCGUAAAAACAAAGUUUAUGAGAAUUGUAAAGUGUACUCGGAAACAGGAGAACUUAUGUUUCGUUGUAAUAGAAAAAAAUGUUUAUGGUAUUUAACACGUAAUUUAGCCAAACAAUUAUCUAAUGAUUCUAUACAACUUACCUUUACACCUAAGGGAUUAGGUUAUGCUCAAAAAAAACAAAAUGAUAAAUUAGAUCGUUGUGUUUGUUGUGCUCAAACCGAAAAGUUAACUUUACACCAUGUAGUUCCAGAUAUGUACCGUAAACGAAUGCCUGAAGUAAUCAAAUCACAUUCGAGUCACGAUGUUGUUUUAUUGUGUUUUGGAUGUCAUUCUUCUUAUGAAAAACAUGUAACACGCUAUAAAAAACAAAUCGUCAAAGAAUUUAAUGCACCACCUUUAGAGGUUGAUCCUAAAGAUAGGAUUAGACUUGAAGAAAAUAUCAAAGUUAAAAAAGCUGCAAAUACAUUAUUAAAAAGAUUAAAAGCAAUUUCUUACCAAACUGAAAUUUCAACAAAUGCCAAUUUUCUUACUAAAAGGUUUUCUUUUAUACCAAAGGAACGAGUAGAGCAAUUGGAACAAAUCGUAUUAGAUUGGUAUUAUGAUCAGAAUCAAAACAAUAAUACUCCAGCUUUAAUAAAUCAAAAAAAAUAUUAUUAUGUAUCAAUGAAUGAUGAUGGUAAAGAGGAAGAAAUAAUUUUUGAUGAAACAAAACAUGACGAUGAUGAUAUUGAAUCAAAAAAAAGGAUUCGUUGGCCACGUAUAGAAAUUUUUAUAAAAAAUUGGCGCCAACAUUUUUUGGAUUAUGCAAAUCCAAAAUAUUUAUCUAAAAAUUGGAAAGUAAAUAAUAAAAUUUACAAUUUUUUAUAA